ACAUCUCGCGAGAGAACGCGAGAAUACAAAAAAAAAGCUAGCCAGCGCGCUAGCCAGUUUUGUUCUCCUGUUUGAGAUAAAUCCUGUUUAAUUAUGGCCACAAUGUCGGGAGGAACAAACCUCGGCACUCCUGGGACAAGCCAAGCCAGCUCCGCAACGUCCACACAUCGGAGAAAAGACAGCAGCCCUUCUUCUCGGUUCUGGGAGAGUCCGGAUACUUUAGCCCAGCUGGAGGUGGUGCGACAGUGGGUCGGGAAGCACUACAAAAAGUACGUGCUGGUGGAUGCUCCAUCGUGUCAGGCUCUGGCAGGAGUCACCCUGCAGCUUCUGCAGUUCCAGGAGGAUGCCUUUGGCAGACAAGCCACCGGUCCUGCUCUCACCAAACUGCCCGCACAGUGCUUCCUGGACCUGCGGCCAGGGGGUGGACUCUGCCACAUCCUUGGCACUGCCUACAAGUUCAAGGCUGAGCAAGGCUGGCGGAGGUUUGACUUGCAGAAUCCAUCAAGAACUGAAAGAAAUGUUGAGAUGUUUGGUGCUAUUGAAAGAGCCCUGAUCCAGAACAACUGUAUGUCAAUGCCUGUGGUGUAUGUGGACCCUACACUGGAUCAGGAGCUGGCAAGCAGACUUACGGAUAUUGUCACCAAACACCGGGGUACUCUCACUGAGGACCGAACGCUCGCCAGUCACCACAUCUACUCCUCACCUGCUUCUACAGAGGAAGAUGAUUGGAUGCGUCCUGUCCUGCGCAAAGACAAACAUGUCUUGGUACACUGGGGCAAGCACCCUGACAGUUAUGACAGUUGGCUGUCUUCAAGUGAUGUUGAACGAGAGGUUGAAGAGCCACCACAAUCAGAAAAGCCGUGGCGGGUCCAUGUCGGCUGGGUUCUGGACACAGAUGUUUUCAACGAGUGGAUGAACGAAGAAGACUAUUAUGUGGAUGAGCGGAAUGUACCAAUCAUUUUCCGCCAGCGCAUUCACCUCAGAGACGACCAGGACUCCAAAUCCACCCCCUCCAAAAAGAGAAGACGCUCCCCCUCUCCUCCCUCCUCUGAAGGCAGAAAGAAAGGAAAGAAGGGGAGAAGGCGCGAAAAGCAGGAGGAAGAGCGAGAAGAGGACUUGACCAAAGACAUGGAGGACCCUACACCUGUUCCUAACAUGGAGGAGGUUGUACUACCCAAAAAUGUCAACCUGAAGAAGGACAGUGAGAAUACUCCUGUCAAAGGGGGGAUGAUGGCUGACCUGGAUGAACUGGAGGAUGAUUUCCCAGGAAGGGAUGAUGAGGAGGGGAGAGGGGAGAUACCUCGCCUGUCAGAGGUAGAGGACAAUAUCACAGAACAAACCCAUCAUAUCAUAAUACCAAGCUACACAUCUUGGUUCAAUUACAACAGCAUUCACGCGAUAGAGAAACGCGCAUUGCCUGAAUUCUUCAAUGGAAAGAAUAAGUCCAAAUCGGCAGAAAUCUUCCUGGCAUACCGUAACUUCAUGAUCGACACAUACCGGCUCAACCCCCAGGAAUACCUCAGUUCGACGUCCUGCAGACGCAACCUCACUGGAGACGUCUGUGCUGUCAUUAGGGUUCAUGCGUUUCUGGAACAGUGGGGUUUGGUUAACUACCAGGUGGAUGCAGAAAGCAGGCCCCUCCCCAUGGGACCCCCACCCACCCCUCAUUUCAACGUACUGGCUGACACACCGUCCGGGCUGGCCCCCCUACAACACAAACCCCUGCAGGUGUCAGCCUCGCAGCACAUGUUGUAUUUCCCGGAAAAAAGCAAAGAGAAGCCUUCAGACUGCCAGAACUUUGGUCUGCGCUCCGACAUCUACACCAAGAAACACCCAAAGACUAAAGGUACAAGUGCAGGAAGGGAAUGGACCGAGCAAGAGACGCUCUUGCUUUUAGAGGCCUUAGAGGUGUACAGAGAUGACUGGAACAAAGUAUCCGAGCAUGUGGGCUCCAGAACACAGGACGAGUGUAUCCUCCACUUCCUUCGUCUGCCAAUAGAGGACCCUUAUCUAGAAGACUCCUCGGCCUCCCUUGGCCCACUGGCGUACCAGCCUGUGCCUUUCAGCCAAUCAGAAAACCCCGUCAUGAGCACAGUGGCUUUCCUGGCAUCCGUGGUGGACCCACGAGUGGCUUCAUCCGCAGCUAAGGCUGCACUGGAGGAGUUUUCCAGAGUGCAGGUGGAGUCGGUGGAUAAGAUCUCUGAAAUGUCCAACCAGCCUGACAAAACAGAGUCGAUGGAUGCAGAGAUAAUUGAAACAAACUCCACCUCCCAUCAGGUCCCUUUAAGGGUAGAUGGGCUCACGGUGGAACCCAUUCGGGCCAAAGUAGAGGGCGAACUAGUUAAAAGGGAAAAUACCGAAAAUAUAGUUACAGAGGAGAGAGAUGGAAGGGGAGAUGACGACGAGAGCGUAGGGAGGGGAGAUGUGGAUGAGGCGAGAGUGAUAGAGCAGGAUCUGGUGGAGGGCAGCGUCGUCACGGCAGCAGCAGCUGCUCUGGCCUCAGCUGCCACAAAGGCCAAGCACUUGGCAGCAGUAGAGGAGAGGAAGAUAAAGUCCCUGGUGGCUCUGCUGGUGGAGACCCAGAUGAAGAAGCUGGAGAUCAAACUGAGGCACUUUGAGGAGCUGGAGACCAUCAUGGACCGCGAGAAAGAGGCUCUGGAGCAGCAGCGGCAGCAGCUCCUGACGGAGAGACAGACGUUCCACACGGAGCAGCUGAAACAGGCAGAGAUAAAGGUUCGCCAGCAGAGGGAGCAGCAGGGGCAGCCGGGAUACACGAUGCAGCAUUCAGCCUUGCCUCCUCCUUCAGGCCAGCCCAUGCCCAACCGGAUGAUGCCUGGUGGAGGAAACGCCCAGGCGAUGGCCCCUCGACACCCAGGAGCUCCCAAUGGCAUGUACCCGUCCUCACAGCCUGAUGGGACAGCACCAGCUCAGCCGGGUCCUCCAGCAUCCAGUCACAGCUGAACUGACCAGAAAACAAGAUGCGCACACAUAUACAUACACCAGUCCGCCGUCAAAUGAAAACACACGUAUAACAAUGUAACACUGGCGAAAAAUGAUCAGGCAAUGUCAACUUUGUAACUCUUCAGUACUACUCCUAUGUUUAUAGACACACAAGCACAUAGACGCAGUUAAUGUGUAUUUGUUUAACGGCUCAGUCCGUCUUAUAUCUGUGAAAUAUUUGUGCUCUGACGUCAGAGUUGAGGAAUCUGAAGAUUGAACUCAGCUCAUUAAAGUUGUUUUACAUGAAA